CCAACGCCUAAAAUAUGUAUUAGCCAGAAUGAAGCUGCCAGUGCUGCUGUUGCUAAUCCAGUCUUGGGCCCUUGUGGCCGGAGCCAUUCCUGCCAGACACUGGCGUCGUGCUCCCAGCCAUGGAGUCUUCAAUGUGGAUGUCUAUGCCUACAAUAAACCACGGAUGAAUUUGGCCUUCCGCCAGGGGAUCAGCAGUCGCUCGGUGCAGGAUCCUCCUCCGAUGGACCACCUGCUGCACCAGAUCUCCCAGCACAGCCGUCGAUCCACCGACCAGAGGUCCCACUACAGAAACCUCGACCAGGAGGCGGAUGUUGAGGUACUGCCGAUGGCAGGACAAAUACAGGCCAGCGAGCUGAACAAAACAAUCGAGGAACCGGCCAUAAACAUGCAAUUAAUGCAGCUGCAAAUGAACUCGGUUCAGCACGCACCGGAGAAUUUAUACUCGAACGAGUUCCAUGUGCAGAAGGUAGGAACCAAGAAGAUUGUGCAAUUGAAUACCCUGGCCAGCGAGGCUGAACGUAAACCAGUCGCUGAAGAAGUUAUGGCCCAGAGGCAGCAAAAGCCGGAGCAGCCGGAGCAGCAGGAGCCGAUGAAGGUAAAGCUGACACUGCCAGAGCUUCACGAGAACAAUGCAGCUGAAACAGAAGCCGUCGUGACGGGGCAGAAUAAAAACCGAAAGGACGAAGAUGUCCCGGCGUCAAACGCCACGUUGACAGCAGCUGCUGCUGCGGGGGAAUCUCCUGCAGGUGUGAAGAAAACUAUGGCCCCGAGUGGGACAAUUAUCGAUAUGGCAUCGACAGGAAUGCAGCAGCUUGUCAGCCAGCCGACAGCGGAGAAUGCCGGUGACACGAGCACAAAGGCCCAGUCCGGCAGGAGAAAAAACAAGGACGAAACGAGACAACGGCCACCUCGUCCCAAGACCAAGAGGAAGCAAACGCCAACAGGAGCCAAAGCGUCUAAUGAAACUGAUACAAAGAUGACAGCGAGCCAAGUUGUCACUACCCCGAUUUCUGGUGCUGCUCCUGCUGCUCCUCCUGCUGCUGCUGCUGCUCCUGAAAGUAACCCCAUCCGGCGACCAAGUCCUGGUCCAUUGAGAGUCAAGCAGCCGGAAAUCAGCACGCAUCGUCCUUUGACAACGAACGGCAAGAACAAGAACAAGAGCAAGGGUAAGGGCAAGGAUAAACGGCGCCAGGGAACCCAGAGACGUCCAGCGAACGCGGCUGCCAUGGAGGAGGAAAUUGAAACUACGACAAAUUGGUGGCAGAUUCUCCCGUAUGCGGAAAUUAGAAAAUUUUUGAAUACGAUUUACGAUACCAUCGCCGACGAUGUUGACGACGAACGUGCCACGGAUGAUGUGUGA